AUGAAGACCUCAAAUUCAUCUCAAGAUCAUAAACAGCCACAAACAGAAACAGAAAAUGACAACAAUUUCAACAAAUCUCUUCAAGAUCUAAAGGAUUUGUGCUCACAGCUUCAUUUUGCAGCAGAUUCCUAUCAAUCCACUUUCUUGAAUUCUAACCAAAAGCAACUAGUUGUAAAGAACACGAAGGAGUACGUACGUAAUGCUCUGGUGACGAUGGUGGAUCAUCUAGGAUCUGUUUCAGCUAAUCUUGAUCAGCAUUUGUCUAAAGCUGGUUCAAUCUAUCAAACACAAGUCAAAAUCAAUUUUCUGAAUCAAAAAUUGCUGACCUGCCAAGACUAUUCUCACAAGAUUGCUGUAGCCAAAGUGUCCUGCAGGGAGGAUUAUCUGAAAUAUAACUCUCGCUAUAUAAAACCACCUGUCUCCAAUGUUCUGAAACUGAAUCAAAGCUUCAGGAAUAGAGAUGAUGAAUUUAAGGUAGAUGAAGAAGUACCGCUUUUCUUGUAUACUUGCAACCGUUACAAGCCAUCGUUGCUGCUUGAGAGUUCAACGUCCGUUCCAGUUUUGGCGGUUCGAGAUAAGCUGUCUGUUCAGUCAAAGCCUCAAUCUUUUCAGUUACUGAACAAGGGAAAGAGUAGACGGGGUAUGUUGUUCACAAAGUCACGAAGAAAUAACGAAAUAUUGUCAGUAGACGGUAGCCAAAGAAUAUGA